UGGUAGACCAGGCAUUUGUCAAUGAAAAUAUCUUGGUCUACGAGGAAAAGCAAGUAUGGUAAGAAAUUGAAUUCAAGUUGGACGUGAACUGAGGAGAGAGAAAGUGUAGAAAAAUUGGGGGUGUAAAGAACACGUUGUUUUGCAGUUCCUAGUGAAAUGAUUCGAGAAAUUUCUCGUAACAGCAAGCCAAGAAAAGGGGGACCUGCCCUGGGUUUUGCAUAAAACUCUCUCUCUCCCUUUCUCUGUAGAGUGCUCUGUUGUCUCAUUCAUUUCUUCUUGUAUACCAAAACAUCACGCUUGGAAGGAGCUAUAUUUUGUCGCUGAAGAGGUUUAAAAGGCAUGGAUGUUAUGAUUCCACCAGUAUUGAAUGGUGAUUGUGGCAUUCAAGGGCGAGUGGAUGAAUCAGAUUGUGUCAUUCGGAUGAAUGUGAUAAUUUUAUCAUCUUAAGGAAUUAUCUGGGAUUGGAAUUUACACAGAGGGAAAUUUUACAGAAACAAUUUGCAGCGCGCAAUGUUUGCGACUCCAUAUUUUCUUCUUGUUUGCAUUGUAACCUUGGAAUACCAUUAAUGGGAUUGAAAUCCGACAUGUUAACAAAUGAGGCUUGCCAUAGAGAGGCUGCUCGUCAAUGCUCCUAUAAUGACACUGAUUCAUUUUCUUCUAUUAAGGGCAGAUCAGGCAAUAAUCAACAUCAUAUGAGUAAUGAUACAAACAAGUUUCUCAGUGAUUGUUCAAGCCAUUAUUCUUUCUCUGGAAAAAUGGAAAGUAAAGCUAGUUUGAGGGUCUCUGAUAGUGUGGAUGGCAUGUCAAUGCUUUCAAAGGUAGCUGCAGUUCAAACUGCUGAAGAAGAUUGUGCCUUUUCUCAGCCAGAAGUUCUUUCAGAUGAUAGAAUCUUCUCCAAUCAGCUAGAGAAGCGGAAGAAUUCAGAAUGCAACGUUGGUGAUAUUUCAUGUGUGACCAGAGCUAAACGGCCAAGAGUGAUGGGAGAUAUCUCUCAAUGCUCUGUGGACCAAAUGGAAUCAACUUCCAUGAGAUUGGAAACUGUUACCACUGAGGAUCAUAAUCAUGAUGCACUUGACAGUGCUGAAUCUGUAAAACUCAAAUUUGAAGAGGAUCUAACAAGCAAAGAUGUGAAAUGCUCAGAAGUAAAUGAAGAUGGAUCAGAUCCUCCUGUGCAAUUUCACCCUUACUACUGUAAUGGUGAAUCAGAUCUUGUGGAUGUAAAUGUAUGUGAUAUAUGUGGGGAUGCUGGUCGGGAACACUUGCUUGCUACUUGUAAGAAAUGUGGUGAUGGUGCAGAGCACAUUUACUGCAUGCGCAUUAGACUGGACAAAGUUCCUGAAGGUGAUUGGAUGUGUGAAGAAUGCAUGCUUUUGGAGGAAACUGAGAAUCAGAAUCAAAAUGAAUUUAAGAAAGUAGUUGGAACUCCGAAAGGAUCGACUAUGGCUGAACUAUACCAAAAUGCUGGUAGUUCAAGUACUGGUAAUAUCAAAUCUUGUUUGGAUUUGGAUGAACGAAACACAGAUGCUGAGAAAAGCAGAAGAGAGAAAUUCAGUUCAAUUCCAAAAUUUUUAGCUAAGAGACCUGUGAGCAAUCUAGAUUCAGUCUCACUGAUGAAAAGAAGAGCUCUUGAAAAAUGUUUUGGAUCUACUCGGAUAUCCAGUCCCCGCAGGGAAUCUAUGAUGUCUCAGGAUGCUCAAUGCAAGCCAACCAAUGGUUUACAGUCAUCCAGUGACCACAAUACUGGUAAUAUUGCAAGAAAUGCAAACUUACAUAGUGUUUCAGUUCAAAGCUCACCAAAGUUCCGACCAAGUGUUUGGAGGCAACAGGGUAUUCUCACCAAGUCCAAGUCAUUCAACAUUUCAGACUCCAAACUGAAAGCCCAACUCCAGCGAGAUAGUCUCCAUAAGCAAAAAAUUUCAACAGAGAAUGCUGCUAAUGAUAAACAAAAAGAUGGUACUGUCAGAAUGAUUCAAAAAUCUUCGUCAUUUGAUUAUGUCAAGUCUGGAUGUUCAAGUGUAGCUGGUUCAAAAACUAAGAUGCUUUUGCGAAACAAUUCUCAUGUUGAGGGUUUGAAAAGGUUAAGACCUGAGAAGGGAACACCAAUUCAAAGGAAGUAUACAUCCAACUUUGAUAAGCCUCAAGUAAGUUCACCAAUGUUGUCUCGUGUCUCUGCAUCAAAAAAUGAUAAAAAGAUUGCAUCUCAUGGUGAACCAACAUUACCGCGUUCUAGUGCAACCAGUUGCCUUGAUCCUACAGGUGUCCAAUGUUCUAGAAAUUCAAGUAAUUUAUCGAAACCAGCCCGCCCUCUGUCUCAGGAAGCUGAAUAUCCCAGUGAUCUUGCUGGAACAGGCAUGCUGAAGAGGUCGUGCACUUGGUUACCUGAUGCAGGUCGAGAUUCGUCACGUCCCCUAUCAUCUGAUUCUUCUCACGAGAAAAAGCUUAAGGGUGAGCUCAGGGAUAGUUCUUCACCGGCAGCUAGUGAACAUUGCCGUGGGUCUGAUGCAAUUGUGCAAGAUAUACUGCCUCUGUCAGGGGAAUCAUCCAACCAGGAUGAGAAAGUGCAGCAGACUAGCUCUGCUGGCACUAUUGGUCAUGCUGCAGAAUCUUGUUCAACAUUUUGUCCGGUUCUUGAUGCAGGAAGUCUAAGGGAAAUGGGCAAAAGGAACUGCAUGGAGGAUGGCCCCAAAAUUUGCAAUCAACCAAAUGCUCUUAGGAUUUCAGCCAUUCCAAUGCUUGAUUAUAUAUGGAAAGGUGGGUUUGAAAUACAGAAUUAUGGAAGACUUCCCAGUUCCUUCUGCCGUAUUCAAGCCCACUUAUCUACUCGAGCAUCACCAAAAGUUGCUGAACUUGUGAAGAAGUUCCCUCAGAAAAUCCUUUUGUAUGAUGUACCUCGCAUGAGUACAUGGCCCAUGCAGUUCCUAGAAAAUUAUCCGAGAGAAGACAGCAUUGGCUUGUACUUCUUUGCAGAAGACCUUGAGAGCUAUGGAAACUAUAAGAGCUUGUUGGAAUGCAUGAUCAAUUAUGAUCUAGCUCUUAGAGGAAAUUUUGGCGGGGUUGAACUACUAAUAUUCUCAUCGCACUUGCUCCCAGAAAAUUCCCAGCGUUGGAAUAAGUUGUUUUUCUUAUGGGGUGUAUUCAAAGCAAAGAAGGUCACUGAUGCAGAAUGCAUGCCCAGCAUUAUGAAGGAAACUUGUAUCACGAGCUUAAAUAAUGUUUUCUCAGACCAAGAUUUAUCCUCAUCUGCAGCAUCUGGGUUUCAAAAUAUGUGUUCUGGGCUGUCAAGUGAAUGUUUAUCUGCACCUAAGCUAUACUGCAAUGUACGGAAAUCAUCUAACUCCAAUGCUCAGGAAUCGGCUUCAGUUUCUUCUGAUGGAAGGAAUGGGAGUCCCGGUCUUGAACUAUCUUCUCUUGAGCAGGGGUGUUCUGGUUCGCAAACAAAGUAUGCCCAUAAACUGAGCAGAGAUGACACCAUUUCAUUGUCAAGUAUUCCAAUAAGCAAUGAACAGUUGUGCAAGGAUACACAACACACAAAUACCUCCCUGAAAGUACUUGGAGUUCCUCAAAGGUGGCCAGAAAAUUGGCAAUCCUGUCCCCAAGAAAGCAGUAAACCUGACAUGGAAUGUGAUUUAUGGAGAGGUGGUGAACCUUACAAGAAGAAAAUCACAGAGAUCUCAAGAAACGUGGAUAGGUCUCUAUCUUCAGCUGAUCCAGGUCCUGUGAAUGGCAUUCUAUUAAAGGUCAAUUCCUCUGAAUAUCAUAUGCAUUCCUUAGAUGACAAGGAUCAGAUGGAAUCCAAUUGCCUCGAUCUUGAUCUUUCAUUAAGGGCUGGCAGGAAAUCGGGAGAACAGGGACUCAACUCUGCCUUCCUUGGGAUUGUGGACAAGAAAAAUAACCAAGGCAAGAGAUCAAAUUCAGUGGUGAGCAACUUAAAUAAUGACAGACGCGUUGAUAAAUUCUCAGCAUCACUCGACCUCUCUCUUGCUUUAUCUUCGUAUGACAGAUGAAAAGGUUGCAAUGCCUGCUUCAGAAUCGAAACCAGCUUUGGCUUCAGAGUCCUAUCAGGAGUAUCAGUGUUUCUUUUAAUGGCUGUGGUAUACCUGGACAAAACUGUAAAUAUAGGGCUUGACCGGAUUUUUGUUUUUUUUUUUGUUUUUUUGGGUAGACUAUAAUAAUUUGAAUCCUGUUUUAUAGAGGAAACAGUUUUUCCCUCUUCUACAGUUGUAUAGAAUUCUUGUUUUUACUAUCCAUUUGUGGUUACCUUUUCUGUCCCAGUUUUUCUGCUAAUUGUAUUUGGAAUUGACGGUUGAAGUGUGAUUCCUUUAAUUGGAGGUGCG